GAAACACAAGGGAGAAUUAGAGUUACAGAGGUCGAAAUUUCUGAGAGCAGACUGGACUUUUUGGUGGUCAUAAACAGCUGUCUCUUUGGUUCCUUCACAAGUUUCAUUCAAUAUGGCACUGGCAGCGAAAACAAGCCGAGCAGUCCAAAAAAUGGAUGAUGAAGACGAUGAUAAGCUGACAUUUGAGACCUCUGAGGGGAUAGAGCCAAUAAUGAGCUUCGAGGAGAUGCAGCUCAAAGAUAACGUGCUCCGUGGAAUAUACGACUACGGUUUUGUGAAGCCGUCAGAUAUUCAAACAAGAGCUUUGAUGCCUAUAAUCAAAGGCCGUGAUGUUAUUGCACAGGCCCAAUCUGGGACUGGCAAGACAUCCAUGGUUGCCAUCACCGUUUGUCAGAUGGUCGACACCUCUAGCAAACAGGUUCAGGCAUUGAUCUUGUCACCUACAAGGGAAUUGGCAUCUCAAACUGUGAAGGUAAUAUUGACCAUUGGUGAUUACCUGAACAUACAAGUGCAUACCUGUAUUGGGGGCAAAAGCAUGGGCGAAGAUAUAAAAAAGCUUGAACGUGGUGGUGUUCAAGUGGUUUCGGGUACUCCUGGUAGAGUUUGUGAUAUGAUCAAGAGGAGAACCAUACAUACUAAGUCCAUUAAAUUAAUGGUUCUUGAUGAAGCUGAUGAGAUGCUAAGCAGAGGGUUCAAGGAUCAGAUUUAUUUCCUCUACAGGCAUCUCCCUGCAGAGAUUCAAGUUGUGUUGAUCUCUGCUACACUCCCUGAUGAAAUCUUGGAAAUGACAAACAAAUUUAUGACUGAUCCUGUGAGGAUUUUGGUGAAACGCAAUCAGUUGAGCCUAGAGGGGAUCAGGCAAUAUAUUAUUAAUGUUGAAAAAGAGGAAUGGAAGUUUGAUACUCUAUUAGAUCUUUAUGAGACACUAACAAUUCGAUCAGCCAUUAUCUUUUGCAACACAAAGAAAAAGGUAGAUUGGCUAACUGAGAAGAUGCGUAGCAAUGACUUCCCAGUCUCAUCAAUGCAUGGGGACAUGCCUCAGAAGGAAAGAGAUGCAAUUAUGGCGGAGUUUAGGUCAGGUCUGACCCGAGUUCUCAUUACAACUGAUAUUUGGGCUCGUGGGCUUGAUGUUAAACAGGUGUCCUUGGUCCUCAAUUAUGAUCUUCCACUCAGUCGAGAGCUCUAUAUUCAUAGAAUUGGUCGGUCAGGCCGUUUUGGACGCAAGGGUAUUGCAAUAAAUUUUGUUAGAAGUGAUGAUAGCAAAAUACUUCGUGAUAUAGAGCGGUAUUAUGGUAUCCACCUCCCUGAAAUGCCGACGAAUGUCGCAGAUUUGAUGAAACGUGAAUGCUAAGCUCCCUGAUGCAAAGAAAUAUUUGCCCGAAACUGGAAUGCUAAUGCAAAUUGCUAGAAUUUUGGAGUUCAAUUUUUGAGUGAGAUACAUACAUCCUGAUUUAUCUUUUAUACGCGGAAAAAAUUCGAAAUAAAAAUUUUGGUUCAAG